AUGGAUAAACUUCUUAUAAAAUACCAAUGGUUCCACGCAAUGAUGCCACGAGAAGACUGCGAAGAGAUGGUGAAGCGUGAAGGUGACUAUCUUGUGCGGAGAACGUCAGUAGCCAAGAUGCCAACGUACUGUAUAACAGUUCGUCAUAACAAUGAAGUGAAACACAUCCCAGUAUUGUACCAAAAAGGAAUUUGGAGCCUUAACUCGGAAUCUAAAGCAACACUUGCCGAAUUGAUCGAUAUGUUUGUGAAAGAGAAAAGGCCAAUACCUCCGUCUAACUGUCUGCUUUUAAACGAGAUACAUCGACCUGAUUAUUUUGUCAUGCACAAAGAUAUCACACUUGGAGAUAAGUUAGGC